GUUAGGGUUUCCCUGCCCUGUUCCACCCGUAGUCUACUGGUUAGGGUUUUCUCUUUUAUAGGUCACAGACAACUUUUUUCCGCCUCUCCUCUUGCUGCUCUUCGUUGUCCUCCUCCUCCUCCAAAGAGCAUUUCUCAGUCAUGGCGGAACAGACGGAGAAGGCUUUUCUGAAGCAGCCGAAGGUGUUUUUGAGCUCGAAGAAGUCCGGGAAGGGUAAAAGGCCUGGCAAAGGCGGAAACCGUUACUGGAAAAGCAUUGGUUUGGGGUUUAAGACGCCCAGGGAGGCAAUCGAAGGGACCUAUAUUGAUAAGAAAUGCCCCUUCACUGGCAGUGUCUCCAUCAGGGGCCGUAUUCUUGCAGGUACCUGCCACAGUGCUAAGAUGAUGAGAACAAUCAUUGUUCGCCGCGACUACCUUCAUUAUGUUAAGAAGUACCAGAGAUAUGAGAAGAGGCACUCUAAUAUACCUGCCCAUAUUUCGCCAUGUUUCCGUGUGAAGGAGGGGGAUCACGUGAUUGUUGGCCAGUGCAGACCAUUGUCCAAGACGGUAAGGUUCAAUGUCUUGAAGGUUAAUCCUGCUGGAUCAUCUGGUGGGGUGAAGAAGGCAUUCGCCGGAAUGUAAGAUUCAUCUCCUAUCAGUAGAAAGGGGAAAUUAUCAAAGGCCAAUCAGUAGUUUUCACCUCGGCUCUGGAAUUUUGGAAUUUUGAGCUGUAGAUCGAGAUAGAGGGAAAUGAACACCCAUCUGUCAUAUCUUUAUUUUUAUUGUUCUUUUUGACCUGCAUCUUGUAGCACUCUUUUAUUGUUUUUUGUUAUUUUGAUGUAAGACAGGAUGACUUUCUUUUAGCUAUUUUGAUGGAAGUAGCAGUGACCUCAUUUUGUCUUCAA